UAGCUUGCGUUCUGAGUUAGGACGUAAACCUACUUUGACAUUAUGACAUAACCUCACAUUGUUUUUUAAUUUUUAAGUUUUCCCACCCGGAUCGACAUGUGUUUCCGGUGAAUUACCCAAACGCCAAAUGCGUACACCCAUACACACACACACAGUCAUUCAUUCACACACCGGGAGUGGAUGCUGUAGUUGAAGCAUUUACAAAAAAAUUGUGCCUGAAUUUAUCUAAUUUGUGUACAUUCUGUAUUUCAUGUGGUUAUCACAUUGAUACAUUUAAAAAAUUGUGCAAUGGUGAUCAAUUUUCUCGGUAGCGUGAAAGUAGUGAUGUAAUCAAUAAUAAUAAAAAAUUUUAACAUAACUUUCAUUUAAAAAUUGUUAAUUAUGAAUCUAUUUGUAAAACAAUUUACUACUUUGUUUGCGAUCUCAAUAUUCGCUAAUUUUGUGAUAGCUAUUCCACAAAUCUUCACCGAUACAUAUGCAUUUUGUGAGUACGAAUUCGGCGAGAAAAAAGUCACUUUUCCAGAUAAACUGUGGACAAUUAGUACCAAAGACUUCACACUACACUACUCUUUGUGCUCAUCUGUUCAAAGAAUAUGCCAUAACCAAACCUCUACAUGCCUCAUUCAAAAAAACAACAAUCAAGUGAUUGACUUGGGGCAUGAAUUCACCACAGAUGCCGAUGAAGAAUUCACUCUUGUAUCUCAAGGCGCUAAAUGCUCAUCAAACUACCGCAAAAAUUACAUUCUAAAGAUUUCUUUGCAAUGUUCUGAUUCGAUCAAAUCUAAACCACGUUUGAUGUCAUCUGAAGACGACUGCACUUUCGAAGUAAUAAUGAUGAAGCCUGAUUGUGAGCCUAAAUGUACAGAAAUAGUGGCUGGCGCCUACUUGCUUGAUUUACGCAGUUUAAAGAAAACGUUUCAAGUAGAAGUAGAUUCAAAAAAGUUUAGUGUAACUUUGUGUGGUUCAAAUCGGGAAUGCCCGAAUGAAAUAGGCGCCUGUGAGAUUUUGCAAAAUGGUGCAACACCAUUAGCUAGUGUGGAAUCUCAACAUUUUAAUUAUGAUGUUACUAAGGAUGAGCUGACGGCUAGGGGGCGCUACAAACAAGGCAGAGUUGUACGAGAUGUUCAAGUUUUACUGAAAUGUAACUGGGACACAGAUUUGGCAAAUGCAACGUACAAAAAAGUUCCCGUGCAAGGCAAACAUUACAGGUUUGAGGUCGAAUCCUCAUUUGGGUGCAUUAAAUUGCCUCAAAGUUGCGUCGUGUCAAGUUUUGGAAAUUUGCAUUAUGAUUUGAGUAAGCUGUACAGGAGCCAGGGGUGGACCGUUUCCGGGUUUCCUAGAGGAAAGCUGUUUUUGAACAUUUGUGGUUCACUGGAUCAACCCGAAGGUGUCUGCUCAGAUCAAUAUUCCCAAGUCUGCCAACUUUAUAACAAGGCGUAUACAAACUGGGGUAGCAUUUUAUCGUCUCUUGAAGCAGACAGCGAUAUUAUCAAAGCUAGAUUUUCCUCAGGCUCUAGGUGCAUAGAAGACCCCCAAUUUUUAUAUAGUACAGAAAUCCAGUUUAUGUGUUCCAAGACAGAAAAGGAUCCAACUUUUAAAAAAAUCCAAGGUUGUGUUAUGUUGUUGACGUGGGAAACUCCACGCGCAUGUCCUGUAGAUUUCUACAAAGGAGACAACUGUUAUAUGAACGAUCGAGUUGGAAAUAGAAAUCUACAACAAUUACAUACACAAAGUGACAAAAUUCACCCUCUCACCCCCAACAAAAAAACAAAACUUAUCUACAAUCUAUGCGGCCCCAUACACGAAAGCUGCAACAAUUUCACAAACGUAAGCUUUUGCCUGAAAACCGAUAAAAAAGAAAGCGUGAUUGGCUUUGAAAAUAAGGAAUUGAUUAGCGAAAAUGGACAACUUAGAUUGGAACUGAAAGGUUCCACAUGUUCGAAUAAAAAAAGUCAAGCGGGAGUUGUCGUCGAUUUUGUUUGUACCUACGAAACUCCACCCCCUCCAUCGCUUAUCAGUGUGCUUGAAGAUGGAUGCAAAUUUAACGUCACUGUCUUUACCCAAAAAACGUGUCUAUCACGGGGAAUUUUUAACAAUUGCGCUUACAGUACUGCCAACUUGACAUACGAUUUGUCAGGUCUUACAACAAAAAACAAAAAUUAUGUAGUGGGUGAUCAGAACGUCGAGUUUAUUUUCAAUGUGUGUGGACCUAUAGUGAGUGGUCCUGGGGCAUUGUGUAGGGGCAAUACAAUGGUGUGUUGGAAAAAUAAAACUGAGGUUAAUGUGAGAUACAAAUAUCAGUCGUUGGGAGGCGUGGAAAGGACUAAAUGGCACCACACUAGUGACGGUUUAAUAAUGGAAGCCGAAAUGGGAGCAUUUUGCGAAGGACUUGGCCAUUACAAAAGUGUAUUCCAGUUUGAGUGUUCCAAAACAAAAUUGGCGCCAUUAUUUUUAUCAAAGCACAAUUGUAUUUACACUUUUAAAUGGAAAACACCUGAAGCUUGUCCACGAGAGAAAAAAUGUCUUGUUCCUGGUUCAAAACCCGACUCCGCACUUGAUUUAACAAAAUUACAAAAAAAGACCGUGCAGGUGCACAUUGAUGGGACGAAUCAAUAUGAAUUCGAUUUGUGUAACGACAUGUAUACAACCUAUUCCAAUGGAAUAACGAACCGUUUUUUUUUGAGCCGCGAAUACUUUACCUUCGAAAAAAAUUCCUACGUAGUAUUAGAUUUACAAAACGACUGUGAUAGUACCAGUAGUACAGCCAGCAAAGUCAUUUUCGAAAUGGAAUGCUCUGAAACACUUAACGACGUCUUUGACAAUAAAACCUAUUUCGAAGACUGCGUUCUUAAUAUGACUAUACACACACCUAUAGUCUGCCCACCAACAAAAGAAAAACAAGUUUCGUACUCGAUUAUUGAGCAUGAAAGUACAAUUGAAAAUCCAUAUCCAACUCAAAAUACACAAAACUUCGAAAAUAAUUGUACUGUUUUUAACGAACAAACGGGCUACGAAUUCAAAUUAAAUAAAAUGAAAUCAGAAGAAAUACUUUUUAAUUAUACUCGUUUCUUUAUUAAUUUCGAUGGAAACUUGAGCAGGUGUAGUGGAGCUUUUUGCAAAAAUGAUUCCAAAGUUGUAGAGGACGAAUGCCCGACGCCAUUUUUUGAUUACAUAAGUCAGCAAGUAAAGUUGCCGUAUUCCACAUCGGCACAUUGUUUCUCGGGCGGAAAUUAUGAAUUUGAAGUAGUAUUAAAAUGCAACCAAACUAGAAGUGGCGGCAAAAUUGUUAAGGAUGAAAUUUGUAAAUCAACAGUUACAUAUGGUUUACCAGAAGCGUGUUAUUUAUUAAAACAAGACCUAGCAUCUGCCGGACACGUACGAACGGCAGUGAUUGCUGGAUCUGUAACAAGUGUCGUACUUCUGAUAGGUUGUGCGAUUCUCAUUUACUUUAACAGAAGACGAUGUGGGCAGUAUCUGCAUUAUGUUCCUUUGUUCAACAAUAAAAGUGCCGUUCCUGUGUACAUCAGGGACUCAAAUUUGUGAAGAAUUAAGGCUCCUAAUUUUAGAAUUUAAGAUUUAUUUUUAAGCUUUAAAUUACAUUAAAAAAUCGUUCAUUGUUGCCUGACUUGUAUUAUUUAUUUAUUUUUUGUGAUUUUUACCAUUCAGUAUUUUUUAUUUUCUUCACUGUUUUCCAUUUUAAUAAAUCGUUGUUUACUAAA